GCAAAGGCCGCAGGCCUCCUCACGGGAAAGCGCUGACGAGAGAGAGAGAGAGAGAGGAGGACACCAGAGGCGGAGGCCCAUCGCAAUAAAACCGCUCCCCCUUAUCACCCCUCCCGGCGACGGGCAGAGGAGAGGAGGGACAGAGGCGGAGAGGUGUAGGUGUGAGUCGAGCGGGAUGGCGUCCGGCGCGUCGUCGUCUCCCGCGCUGCCGGUGCUCUCGCUCGCCGCGGUCGUCGUCGUCCUCCUGCUCGCGGUGCGUGGCGAGGCCAGGCCGCCGCACCCGCUCCGCGGCGUGCGCCCGCUCGCCUUCGACGAGGGGUACGCGCAGAUCUUCGGCAGCAGCAACCUCGCGCUCCUCCGCGACGGCAGGCGCGUCCGCCUCGCCCUCGACGAGUCCACCGGCGCCGGGUUCGCGUCGCAGGACCUGUUCCUCCACGGCUUCUUCAGCGCCGCCAUCAGGCUGCCCGCCGACUACGCCGCGGGCGUCGUCGUCGCGUUCUACCUGUCGAACGGCGACGUGUACGAGAAGACGCACGACGAGCUGGACUUCGAGUUCCUGGGCAACGUCCGCGGCCGCGAGUGGCGGGUGCAGACCAACGUCUACGGCAACGGCAGCACGCACGCCGGCCGGGAGGAGCGCUACGACCUCCCCUUCGACCCCACCGACGACUUCCAUCACUACUCCAUCCUCUGGACCAGCCAACGCAUCAUAUUCUACGUGGACGAGACCCCGAUCCGGGAGGUGGUGCGGACGGCGGCCAUGGGCGCGACAUUCCCGUCCAAGCCCAUGUCCCUGUACGCCACCAUCUGGGACGGCUCCACCUGGGCCACGCUGGGCGGCCGGUACCGCGUCAACUACAGGUACGCGCCGUUCGUGGCCGAGUUCGCCGACCUGGUCAUCCGCGGCUGCGCCGUCGACCCCGCCGACCGCGACCCCCUCUCGGCCGCGUGCGAGGCGCGGGCCGGCCUGGAGUCGCUCGCCGUGCCCGCCGAGCGGCGCGCGGCCAUGGCGGCGUUCCGGCGCGCCCACACCUCCUACUCCUACUGCCACGACCGGCGGCGCUACCCCGUGGCGCUGGUGGAGUGCGGCGCGGGGGCGCUCCUCCCGGGGCGCACGUUCGGCCCCGACGGGAUGAGGCAGCAUGGCCGGCGCCACCGGGCCGGCGCCGGCGCAGCGGCGCGCGGUGGUCGCCGCGGCGGCGCCCAGGACGACGUCAUGUGAUCGAUCCCGGCUCUCCGGCCGCGCCGGCGGCCCUGGUGUGGCGGUCUGAUUCUUAAGGCUGGCUGUAUAAAGGCGGAGCUGGGCAGGCGGCGGGCGUGAUUGCUUGCGGUGGGAUUGGAAUUGGAUCGAGUCGUCUGGGAUGAUGGUUCCUCGGCUCGCGUUGUGGUUGUACCCCCGGCCUGCUCCCAUUCGCCAUUAGAGUAGCUCGUGUUUAUUGCCGCGCUGGACCAUUUCCUUGCCGAUCGCCAGCGCCAGCCAUUGAUCAAGAAAAAGCUACUGCUCAUUCGCGGCUC